AUGAAGUUGUAUGUGUUCCAGGUCAACAAUGGCAGUACUUUGACAUUUGACACUGACCUUGCUGUCCAAACUGUUCUAGAGCUCAAACAUGCAAUCCAAGCUAAAUAUAAGAUUUCCAUUCAACAUCAAGUCCUUGUUGUCAAUGGAGGGGAAUGUAUGGCUGGAGACAGACGGGUCUGCAGCUACAGUGCUGGCACUGAAACAAAUCCCAUAUUUCUGUUCAACAAAGAGAUGAUUUUGAGUGACAGGGAUCCAACAAUUCCUAAGACAACAUUCUCCAUAGAGAGUGAGAUCCAAGUCAAGGUGGAGGAGUCUCUGCUGAUGCCGGCCGUCUUUCACACCGUUGCCUCUAGAACACAGCUUGCUCUAGAAAUGUUUGAAGUUGCCAAGAAACUGUCUUCUUUUUGUGAGCGAUUAGUUCAUGAUGAACAUCUUCAACAUCAAGGCUGGGCUGCAAUUAUGGCGAAUCUCGAUGACUGCACUCUGUCUUAUCAAAAGUUGCUUGCAAAAUUCGAAACUUCAUAUACAAAUUAUCAACAGGACUUAGAAGAAAUCAAGUUUAAAUUAACAAAGCUCGCUGCGUUACUCGAUGAUGACCCUCAAGAGUUGACCAACACAAACGCUUUUAAUGUUACACUACUCGAUUGGAUCAACGUGCAAGACAGACCCAAUGAUGUGGAAUCUGUUGUAAGAAAAUGCUUUGAUUCGAUUAAUAGGCUUGAUCCACGCAUUAUUCAACCCUUCCUGGGAGAUUGUCGUGACACAAUUGCAAAGCUUGAUAAUCAAAAUAUGAAAGCUAUCAAGGGGCUUGAAGACAGGUUGUAUGCACUUGAUCAAAUGAUUGCAAGUUGUAAGAAACUGGUAAAUGAACAGAAAGAACUUGCUCAGGGAUUUUUGGCCAAUCAGAAGAGAGCUGAAAACCUGAAGGAUACAUCUGUUCUGCCUGAUCUUUGUCUGAGUCAUACCAACCAGCUGAUGAUCAUGCUUAACAACCACCGCAAGUUGCUUGACAUAAAAAAGAAGUGCACCACUGCCAAACAGGAACUUGCAAACAACCUUCAAGUCAGACUCAAAUGGUGCUGUUAUGUUAUGCUUCAUGCAGACCAGGAUGGGGAGAAGCUGCAGGCUCUUCUCAGACUUCUGACUGAGUUGUUGGAGAGAGUGAGAGUGGUCGAGGCCCUCAGCUGUGUGCCCCACAUGUACUGCCUUGCUGUGGUUGAAGUCGUUAGGAGGAAGAUGUUCAUGCACCACUAUAAAGAGUGGGCCUAUGCACUGGUUAAGGAUGGAAAACAACUAUAUGAGGCGGAAAAGUUCAAACGGGAAACCUUCGGAAAACUGUUCAGAAAGUCUUUCCUCAGAAAUAGAUUGUUCAGAGGACUUGAAUCAUGGCCUCCAUCUUCUUUUUGUACACAAAAGCCCAGAAGAUUUGAUGAUGAACUUCCAGACAUCUCACUUGACGACCUGCAGUACUUGAAAUCCUGCUGUCCCGUUGAAGUGCAACCUUUCCUCAUGGUUCCGACUAUGUGUGAUUUCGAGCCCCUACAUCAACACAUACAGACGCUCCGUCACUUGGUUCAAGCUGCACAAAGUGUGGACGAAAUGUCUCGAACGAUUACUGACCUCCUAAGUGUGCAAAAGGCCUCUUUUAGUCAGAGUGCCCAUAGAUCUUCUCCAAUGACACCACAAUCCGAAAACUUUCCUGGAACCCCAACACCAAUGUCCUCAAAAACGCCACCCUCGCUAAGCCUUAAAGGGCCCAGCUGUCAGCCGCUUGAUGUUCCUGUACCGGCUCCUUUGGAGGAUCUUUCCCCAGACAGCAUUGACGCACAAACAUUUGACUUUGAAACUAUUGGACAUCCAAAUAUGGAUGCGGUUCUGCAGCAGGGUUCCCUUGACCUGGACUCUCUGGCUGAAAGUCCUGAAUCCGACUUUAUGUCUGCUGUCAAUGAGUUUGUAAUAGAAGAUAACUUAACCUCACCCAACCCCAUCAGUGAUCCCAUCAGCCCUGAAAUGAUGGUGGAGUCACUAUAUUCUUCUGUCAUCAAUGCCAUUGACAACAGGCGCAUGCAGGACACUACUAUAUUUGAGAGGGAGAAUGCGGCGAUUGCUGCUUUCAAAGAGGUAAUAGACAAGAACAGAUGCAUUGCAGAGGACACCCAGUGCAAGUUAAGGAACGUAAAAGAUGACUUGCAUUACCUCCAAAGUCAAGUUAUAAAAGAAAAGCAUGAUUUUGGUGCAGUCGUACAGAGCAUCUCUUUGGAAGUAUACAGAAUAUCUGAAGCUAGCCAAAGACAAGAGCAGGAAAUGAGCAUCCAGCAUAGCAAUGAACUUCUCACACUCAAAGAAGAGCAUAAAAAACAGAUUGAGACACUAACAGAAGAAAAUCAUACUAAUCAAAACAUAGUAAAAGAUGUCCAGCGAGCCAUGUUGGAGUUGGAGGGACGAAUGGAACGCAAAGAGAAAGAAUUGGCUCAACUUGAGACCGAAAAACAGAAAUGGAUAGAAGAAGAGGGCAGCUACACAGAGAAAAUAAUGAACCUGGAGCAGAGCAUAAUUGGUCAAACAGAAGAGAUCAAAACUAUGUGUGAUGCAAGAGACUCUCUGUCUAACCAAGUCGAGAAUCUGCAUGUUGAGAUCGAACGCAGCCAGAAGAUUUGUCAGGAAUAUGAUAUAAAAGAGCAGCUUCUAUUAAAAGAACAAGAGGAGAAACUAGAGAAAGAAUACAGCGCCAAAGUUGAGACUCUGACCAAAGACAACCAAGAGGCCAUAAAGCAAAUUGAAGCAGAUUAUAUAUCCAAAUUGUGUGAUGUGGAAGACCAGCACACUGCUCUUGUUAAAGAAAAGGAAAAUCAAAUUAAGGACUUGGAGGCCCGACUCACGGAAUUUGCUGAACUUCGCUGCAAGUUGGAAGUUGAAUUGGCAUUGAAGGAGUCUGAGACAGAAGAGGUAAAGCUCUUGCUGAAUGAAUCUAAGACGCAGCAUGCCGAUUCUGUCAAGUCCCAAGUUGAAGCUGAGACCAAGAUCCUGGGAAAAGAGGUAGAGGACUUAAAGAGACAACUUCAGGCCAAACAUGAAGAGCAUGAAGUGGGCUUAGCAGAACUCACAAGUCUCAUGAGGACUGAAAAAGACAAUUGCAUAUCAGAAUUGGUCAAUCGCCAUGAGGAGGAGAUAGAGUUGUUGCGCAAGGAAAUUUUAUUGCUGCAACAAAAAGGGCUGGAUACUGAGCAAAACCACAACGAGCGGUGUGAAAAACUUCAACAAGAUCUAGACCAACAAUUAGUUGCUGUAAAUGAAGAGCAUCAAGCACAGAUCCUUCACUUUCAGGAGCACAAGCAGGAGUUGAUGACUGUUAUCAGCAAUUUACAGGCUGAAAAUGACCUAUUUGCACAAAAUAUACAGCAAAACAAACUCAAGUUGGAGAAUGAAGCCUGUCCGGUCAAAUCACAAGAGGCCUUUAAUGAAUUGGAGCAGGAAAAGAAUGAAAUGGAGAAAAGACUAUUGGACAAAAUUAAAGAAUUAGAAAGAGAGCUCAGUGAAAUGCAGUCUCUGAAGAGUGAUGAAAGUUUGCCAUUGAAUACGGAAGAGCGUGUCGAUGAUGAUGAGCCGCGGCCUCUAGAUGCACCACUACACGAGAGGCUGCAGCAGGAGAGGGACUCUUUACAGAACCAGAUAGAGCUUUUAGAAAAGCAGAAGAAGGAGGAGAUCCAGAACCUCAAGACGUCACUUAUUGCAGAGCAGCAGACUAACUUCAACACAGUCCUCACACGGGAAAAGCUAAGGAAGGAGCAGAUCAUCAAUGAGCUUUCCGAAAAAUUGAAGAGUGUAACCCAACAGCAGGAGAAAGACAAAGGUUUAAUUGAGACUCUGUCGGAGGAUCGGGCAAGCCUGAUGCAGGAGAAGAAACAGCUAGAGGAGGAGCUGAACCGCCUGCGAAGCACAGCCCUCAUCUCAUCUGCGUUCUUCGUCCCUCCGACCUCAGUACAGGAGUCCAGUGUCACUGGGGCAGAAGCAGCUGUAGCCCUGCCCUUUGCUGGGGCCUGCUCCUCUGAACUGGUGGGAGACGCAGAGAGACUGCUCUCAGUAGCAGCUGUUCAAGACGACGAACAUGUGGAAUCAGCUGUGGAGGCGAGCAUGGUGACUGUCCAUGAUGUUAUGAUCUCUGAGGAAAAACAAAGAAUACUUCUACUUGAGCGGACCUUACAUAUGAAGGAAGAAGAGAACAAGCGCCUCAAUCAAAGAUUGAUGUCUCAAAGCAUGUCGUCUGUAUCGUCACGACAUUCGGAUAAGAUUGCUAUCAGAGAUUUCCAAGUUGGGGAUCUGGUGCUGAUUAUUUUGGAUGAAAGACACGACAACUAUGUGUUGUUCACUGUGGGUCCAACCCUGUAUUUCCUCCAUUCGGAGUCUCUCACUGCACUGGACCUUAAACCUGCGUCAGGGACUUCAAGACGUCCAUGGGUGCUAGGAAAGGUGAUGGAAAAAGAAUACUGUCAGGCCAAAAAGGCACAGAACCGAUUUAAAGUCCCUUUAGGAACAAAGUUCUACAGAGUGAAGGCCGUUCCAUGGAACAGAAAGAUUUGCUAA